CGUCUUAACUUGGCCGCCUUAUUUUUGUCAAUGUCGUUCAUUGACUUGUCACAAGACAUUAUAUAGAUAUCGAAAAAGAAAUGCAAUUGAUGUAAAUAAAUUGGAAUUAAAAAACCCUUUGUAGUUGCAAUUAAUGUAAAUGCAAUUGAUACAAGUCCCAACCUUUCCGAAGGAAAUCAACGGAGAACCAAUCUGAUACCAGACACAGUUUGUUGUCAUUAUAAAGUUAUCUUAACUAUGGAAUGUAUGGCCUGUUUGACAAAAAUAUGAAACCCAGGUCUCUGGCCUUCAUCCAGCUCCGACUUAUGAAAAGGCCAAAGCUGAAGUGCAAUCCAAAGGGGUUUGGUUGGCGAAUAAUCUCGUAUAUAAGUCCCAGAGUCACUGUUCCAUGGAACCAUUUCCACAUCAUCCAUCCAUGAUUCUACCAGCCCUUCACAACAUUCUGCUUACUAGCCAACUUCUGGCAAACAUGAAAUUGGAACGAGAGCAAGCCAAGUCCAACAACAUAGAACAUCGGCGAGCCGUUCCAAAGCUUGCUUCCUUAUUUGAAAACACAGACUACAUCACACGAGUAUUCAAACCCACAUAUGGCACAAGGCCUUCAUACGUCAAUUCCCUUCAAUCUAAUUUCCUGAAGAAAUUGAACAUGGUUCCCAUGGGACAGGAUUCGCUUGAUAGUGAAUCAACAUCAAAGUCAAAUCAAGAUAUUAUGCUUAAUUUUGUGCCCACAGGUGUUCACAUGUAUCCUAGGUUUGUUCGUCAUAAUUUGAUCCAUCCAGAUCCAAUGACCAAAUGGAACCUGAACCGAGUUAUAAACUGAAAUGUUAUUUCAAUCAACAUUCAACAUAUUUGGUCGAAAACAAGAAAUACAUUUACAU